GAUCAGGUAACCGAUGACUCACCGCCAAGCCACGCCCACUUUACCUCCCACCUGCUAAAAAGCUGCAGAGUUCAGAGCAGCCGUCAGUAAAGCGUCUCCUCACAGUUCCAGCAUCAGCGCAGAGAAACACAAGCUGACUAACCGAAGACGCUUUUACUGUUUUGUAUCGUUUGGAUCUACCCUUUUUCCACUCUCUGGUGGGAUUGUAACUUUUUUAAGUCUUGGUGGUUGAACUCGGUCCCAUCGCCGUGAGUUUGAGUAUGACCUCGGAGAAGGUCUUUCAGACGGCGCUGCAGCCCAACUUGAUCAUCAGCACGUCCGACCUCGGGAACCACGCCAAGGAGGACGGGUCCGAGCACCAGCGGGUGUCCAUAAGGAGUCUGGUGAAAUCCAUGUAUCAGGUUAACUCAUCGUCUAGCGCCGCGGCGGCAGAAUGCGCAGUGUCAACAAGCCCCCCCAGCGUCGCCAACCGACUCAACAAGGUUCGAAGAACGGCUCGCAGGUCCAACAUGUCAUCAAGCAUGUAUGGAAGUGCCGGAUUAAGCGGCUCACAGAGCAUCAUUGAGAUGAAGCAGCCAGGAUGGCUGUCACGUGCCGGAUCCGAGAAGAGCGUGCGUAAUGUCGGGAGAGGCAAGGAUGUGUUUGACGGCAUGGAUAUGAUGGGCAUCAUGGGCAACCUGAGCGGACUCAACAGUUUGGACAUGCAUCAUGAUGAGUCCGUUCAAAAUCAGCAGAUGUUGGGAGCUGCCUACGUUCAGCAUGAGUGUUACCAUAACAACGAUGCAAAGAAACCAUUGAACCAGCUGAAGGGAACUCCUCUCAUGUUGCAGCUGUUUACCAGCAAGAGUCAAGAGGUGCAGCGCUACACCACCGGCGCCACCAGGAACCUCAUCUAUGAGAACAUGGAGAACAAAGUGGCCCUUAUUGAAGACGACGGGAACCCCAAGCUCAUAGAGGCCCUUAGAGAACCGGACGAUGAACUCCGCAAGAACAUCACAGCAGCAAUGGCUUCACCGAGAGGCCACCAUCAGCGCAGAAGCACGGAGAAACCGGUUAAUAUGGCAUCUGAUGUUAUUUAUCUCAAAGAGGAAUUGACUAGACUUCAAAAGAACAAUUUUCCAGAAUGCAACAAAUAUAUAGAGAAAAUCAGUUAUCUCAUCGAUGAGUUUUACAAUGGUUACAGACUUGCUAUUUAUGUCCUCAAAGGAGCAGUAAUAACUGGAGGAAUCACGAUGGUGUUGUUGGCAUUAUCACUUUUUGUCAUUGGUGAAAAGGUUUCUGAAUUUUCUUAUGCAGCUAUGACUGUAGUUGCUGUAUUAAGUGUUGCUUUUGGGCUAAACAGGAAAACACACCAGGAGAAGAUCUUAAAACGAACCAUGGAAGAGGAACUUAAGGGAUUUCAGGAUACAAUUAACCCUAUUAUUGACAUGCUGGAAAGAAUCUGUCAACGUACUGAGGAAAUAUUGAGAGACCCUUCACUAUCAGACCACAAAACCCAGGCAUUGAGUGAACAUUUUGCCUACUGCUAUGAAAAAAGUCUCUUUCGGGAACAUGACAGUAGUAAAGUGGGUGACCGGCUGUCUAAAAUUGUGCAUUUGUCUGGAAAGCUUUCAGAAAUGAUAGCCAAGGUUAGUUCUGUACCUGAUAUCAUCAAAGAGAUUAUCGAAGACGACAAGAGGCAACAUGACAAACCUGCAAAACCCACACAUGAGCAAAUAAAUAAAAGAGAGUUCAAGGAGAAGGCAGAGAAAUUCAUUAAUGAAAUGCGGAAAGGAAUUUGUGAGUUAAAAAACGGAGUGAAAGAAGUCAACCAAACAGCAGACAGAAAAUCAAAUCGAUUGAGUUGAACCUGUCAAAAUGAAAAAGUAUGAACUGCUGAGACGCAACUUGUUAUUGGAUCCACAUGACAGGUAUUGUAUAAUUUCAACAUUUCAUUGUCCUAAAACAAUAUUGUUAACAUUGACAAGUUAGAAAUAAGUUUAUUUUAUUUUUUUCAGAUUGUUUUUGCUCUGCAUUAUCGAUCAAAAGUGGACGUUGUUAUUUUGUGUAUAUAUUUAUCAUUUUCAUAACAAAACAAUAAAAAGUACACACAAAAAUGAAUUGGAAUGUAAAGUGAAUAAGAUCAUUGUGUUAUUGUUUUUUUUUUUGAUAAUCAUGUUAGUGAUGGUACAUGCUGUACAAAACACCAAACGUGAACGUGAACAAAAACCCACUAGUGCUGUGAUUCCUGCAGCUGCUGCUCCUGUUCCCGACAAACUGCCCACCAGAGUGGCUUUGUGCAUGGAUUCCAGUUCAGCAGUGAUGUCCUUCAGCUCCUUUAUUUUACGCUUGAGUGUUGGAAAAUUUUCAUCAAAUUUUGAGCUCAGUUCCUUGAUUCUUCUUUGCAGUUCAUCAAGUGCUUCGAGUUUCCUGAAAUAUCAAACCCUUUUCCUGCCACAAAGAAAAUGCACUCGGUUAACUACUUUGCCAUUAAUAAUUGUCAUGCUGUAAUUUAGCAAUAAAGCAAAAAAACGGGGGUGGGGGUUAACAUUGUUUAACCUGCAUUCCAGAUCAGGUUUUAUGCCAAUUUAUAGGCCCUUUGCUUAACUUCUUUUUAUCUGCUGCUCGAAUGUACAUCAUUGCUUGGAACUGUUGCAGUACGUUGAAUUAUGACAUCCUGAGCCAAUUGGAAUUUGCUCUCUUGGAAUCUGUAGUUUAAAGGGCACCUUUUAUGCAAAAUCCACUUUUACAUGGUGUUUAUAGUUGUGUUUUAUAUUUAAUCUGUAUCCAUCUGUAUUUUAGGUUCUACUGUUAGUGUUAUCUGUAUGCACC